AUGAAGCCAAUUCUAUUACAAGCGCAUGAGAGGUCUCUAACGAAGGUUCUCUACAACAAGGAUGGAGAUUUACUUUUCACAGCUUCCAAGCACAAUCUCCCCAAUGUGUGGUGGUCGAUAAACGGCGAGAGGUUGGGAACAUAUAAUGGUCACAAUGGUGCAGUGUGGGACAUGGCUGUGUCAAGUGACUCCACCAAGCUGUUAUCAGCUAGUGCUGAUCAGUCCUGUAUUGUUUGGGAUUCUGAGACUGGUAAAAUUUUACACCAGCUUGAAGCUAAGUCUCCUGUGAGAUCUUGUGGUUUCUCGCUUACAGACAACAUUUUGUGCUUUACCACAGAUAAAGCUAUGGGACAGCCCUGCUUCGUCAAAUUCUUUGAUAUCAGAGAUAAAGAACAGGUCCAGUCCAACACUCCAUUCCAAGAUAUUCAGAUUGAAGAUUCUAAAGUUAACAGAAUGAUCUGGGGUACUGUUGAGGAUUAUAUUAUUACUGGUCAUGAGAAUGGACAGAUCUGCCAGUAUGACUGGAAGACAGAACAAUGCUCAUCACCGGUUCCAAAGACACCACCUGCCAAACUUUUCGACGCCAAAACAUUCCAGUUCUUGAAGUCGUACAAGACAGACCGACCCGUGAACAGCGCUGCAAUCUCCCCGAUCAAACACCACAUCCUACUGGGUGGAGGUCAGGAAGCCAUGGAGGUCACAACUUCUCACACAAAGAGUGGUAAAUUCGAGGCCAGGUUCUUCCAUCUGAUAUUCGAGGAGGAGAUAGGACGGGUAAAGGGACAUUUCGGUCCAAUUAACACACUUGCUUUUCAUCCUAACGGUAAACAGUACUCCAGUGGUGCUGAGGAUGGUUAUGUUAGGAUACACGAUUUUGAUCAGAGUUAUUAUGACUUUGAAUACGAUUUUUAG